AUGUUUUAUGUUCAGACUUUCGAGGCUAAACUGAAGAAGCGUAAACACUACACUUUCUAUCAUCUGGUUUGCACGUGGAAGUACUUCCGAUGGAGCCUAACAGUUUGCUCCGGCCUGAUCUUUGCCUCACUGGUCAACUACGGUCUACUUUUCAAUAUGGAGAAGCUCUCCGGAUCAUUAUACUGGAACAAUACAAUGUUUGGUGUACGUUUCAUUCUAUGCAGAGUGAUACGAUGGGCAAUCAAUAUACUGGUCGGUGCUGGUGACUAUUUUUGUCGGUGCGUUGGAAGAAAACUCGUCCAUUUUGUCGCCAUCACUUCCAUUAUUGGCGCAUUAGCUAUCAUUUGUGCUCUCUAUCUAGGAGAUCAUCAACUUGAUCAAGCUUGGGUAAUUCGCUAUUGUACCAUAGCGAUAACCUCAAUGACCAGCCAGCUGUAUAUCGCCAAGUUCAUGAUAACCACUGAGCUAUUUCCGACUGCCAUUCGGAACAUCGCCUCUUCCGCGUUGGCCGUAUCAAGUCGUUUCGGCACCAUCAUCGCACCACAGCUCUUCUAUUUGGCUGACAUCUCACCGGUGCUUCCAUAUUUUGUUCUUCUGACUGUAUCGAUAAUCGACUGCAUUUGUUUCCAAGUAAUUUUGCCGGAAACGAAAGGACGAAAUCUUGAGAACCACCUGCCACCAAAAGAAGAGCGAAUAUUCAAUCGACAACCACGUGUUUUGGACGAGUAG